GCAGGAGCGACCCUUUGUGCUUCACCAGCUGACGCGCAUCCUUCUGAGAGAAAGCACCAUCAAGCAUCCAGGCAGGGGAGAACGCUGUGAAGCACAAUGGGACCGUUCCAAGAAUAUGAGGAAAAGAAAUCUCCAGAGAAAGGAAGCCCCCGCAGCCGCAUCCCACGUUUGGUCCUCCAUCCUUUCCGACCAAAAGACAAAGGAUCGCCUUUGUCUGAUUCGCCAUUUUCCGAGGAGGAGGGCAAGGAGUGCGACAUGAGCUCCGACCACUCCAAGAGGACCAUCAGCACCAACAGUUUUUGCUCUGAUGACACCGGCUGCCCCACUAGUCAGUCUGUGUCCCCCUCCAAAACCCCGUCAGGCUCAGAGCAGAGUGCCCACGGAUCGCCCAUACUUCCCGAGCGCAAGACCAAAGUGAAGAGGGUCAGGGUGAUGGCCGAGUGGAGCGGCGAGGGCCGGAGCGCGCAGAGGCACAAGAGGGAGCUGAGGUCGGCAAUGAAGGCCAGAGGUAGCGAGGCAGACUUCAGCUCUUCCAGCAGCACAGGCAGCCUAAAGACCAGGGACAACCUCACGUCCAAUUCAACUGGAAAGAAAGCUCCGUCACGCAGUCGCGGCAGUCACAUACGAUCGCUCCCAGUGUUUAAACCAGCUGGAUGCCCAACAACCAACCGCGAUGCAGAGCUCUACGCUCCCUACAGGACUCCCCCCAGAGCUGCCUCCUCCACCAACAGCAGCUGCAACUCCAGCCCAACCUCCAGAAGAGCGAACCUGGGCCGCUACCACUCGUGUGGAGACAAUCAUGGCAUCAGGCCCCCAAAUCCCGAGCAGUACCUCACCCCUCUGCAGCAGAAGGAGGUGACCAUAAGACACCUGAGGACCAAACUGUUGGAGUCUGAGAACAGAGUCCAUGACAGAGAGGCGGAGAUUGAGGAGCUUAAGACCCAGCUUAGCAGGAUGAGGGAAGACUGGAUUGAAGAGGAAUGCCACCGGGUGGAGGCUCAACUGUCCCUUAAAGAAGCUCGUAAAGAGAUAAAACAGCUGCGUCAGGUGGUGGAAACCAUGAAGAGCAGUCUCAUGGAGAAGGAUAAGGGAAUACAGAAGUACUUCAUUGACAUCAAUAUCCAAAACAGGAAGUUGGAGUCCCUACUGCAAAGCAUGGAGCUUGCCCAGAGUGGCAGCAACCUCCAAGACGAAAACACCUUGGACCUUAUCUUCGACAGCCCCGAUAGCGGCGGGAAGAAGAUGGUGGGGGAGGAAGAGGGUGGUAUGGAGCUGGGAGACCAUGGGGCGGAGGCGAUGGCAGACAGUGGGUUGCUGGUGAAUGAUGAGAUGGCCAACAGAGCGGACAUUUUGGAGCAGGUCUUCAUGUCCACUGCAGUGGAUUUCAAUCAGGACUCCAGUAGCAAGCUGAGGGCUGGGGCAGAGUCAAAAGAGGGACAGUUGAUUGACCAGUCUUCUGCAUCCCCACCACCUCUCCCAAACACCACACUCCCCAUCUCUUCAAGCACACUCUCCAUGCAAAGCACAGAAGAUAAAGAAAUCCAGACCGACGUACCGCCCAUAUCCCCAGAACUGCAGGCUCUGCUCCUUCAGCUGCUCAAGUUCCACGGUGCAACAGUGGAGGAUGCAGCUCUAUCAGCCCCCAGUGGUCUUCUGGGAUUCCCAGACAUACCAACCUCCACUUCCUCUACUGCCAUUCAUCCAAACUCAACUCCUUCCCAAGCCAACAUCUUUCCAGAACCCCCCGAAACAUCCACUAAUUCGAGCGUAUGUUGUUCAGAGCCUGCAGAGAGCAGACGGUUUAUGGAGGAGCUGGACUUUGGUGUUACUGAGGCAGAACCUUGUCCUUCAUCGGGACUGGAUGUGGUCGACAAGCGUUACUGGAGCAACAGCUUCCUGGUGGAUCUGGUUGCAGUCGCCGCUCCAGUGUUGCCCACAGUGGCCUGGCUGUACUCGCGGCACGGGGUAGAUGGAAGUGCUCCAGUGUACAACAUUGCUGCUCUCAUCAGGGGCUGUUGCAUCAUGGGAUUGCACUCACUUCGUCACGUCACUCACAGGCAGAAUGCGUAAAGGCUUCCAACCCGCAUGCAAGCACCUAACCUAAAAGCACUUAAGCAUCGUGUAAGACCUAGGUUUUGUUCAACACUUGAUAAUAUCAAUGCAGUUAUUUUGAUUCCCACACUGUUACUUUGCACUGUACAGUUGCCAUGAGUUGAAGAUAAGUGGUGACCAGAAAGGGAUUAUUUAUGACAGGGUUUAUUUAUGUAUUUAUUUAUCAUUUACAUGUAUAAGCAAAUCAUCUGGGUAGAUGGUUAUGUGUUAUCAUUGUCCUGUGGUGUACCUAGUUGUUCUUGUGUUUGGAAAAAAAAAAAAACAACCUUUGUUUGGAUGAGAGAUUUUUAGAGGGUGAAAGACUGAAUGUUAGUUUCUGUUUGACGGGUUCUGAAAUCUCUUUGCGUUGUUGUUCAAAAGAAACCUUAAACCUUCAGCCAAAGCUUUAACGUGAGUUCACUGUUUUUGUGAAGUAUCUAUAUUUUUUUUCCUCACUGGGUGUAGAGCUUUACUUGGUACAGCCUCUGUAUUGUUCAUAGAAAUAAGUUGAUGCUUCUAAGCAACUGACACUUGUUAUGUGCCUGAGCAAUGUGCAAUACUGGCGGUUUACAUCAAAUGUAAUUGUAUCUUUAUUAUUAAAGCAUGAUUAUUCUGGC